AUGUCUCCUCAACCACUCAAGAUCGCAGUCAUCCCUGGCGAUGGCAUCGGCACCGAAGUCAUGCCCUGGGGUGUAAAAUGUCUCGAAUCGGUUGCUGAAACCUUUGGCAUUUCGCUGCAGUUGGAAUGGUUCGACUUUGCUAGCUGUGUCUACUACCGCAAGCAUGGCGAGAUGAUGCCGCCAGACUGGAAGGAGACGCUCCUCAAGUUCGACGCCAUCUACUUCGGUGCGGUCGGCAUGCCGGAUGAAGUCCACGAUGAUGUCUCGCUGUGGGGCAGCUUGCUCAAGUUCCGACGAGAGUUCGACCAGUAUAUCAACCUACGUCCAUGUCGUCUGAUGCCGGGCGUGACUUCGCCAUUGGCCAAUCGGAAGCCAGGAGACAUCGACUUCUGGAUCGUCCGUGAGAACACGGAAGGCGAGUACAGCAGCAUUGGCGGCAAGAUGUUUGAAGGAACCGAGCGCGAGAUUGUCAUGCAAGAGACCGUCAUGACCAGAGUCGGUGUCGAUAGGGUCCUUCGCUAUGCCUUCGACCUAGCCCAAAGCCGUCCCCGGAAGCGUCUCACCAGCGCCACGAAAAGCAACGGUAUAAGCAUUACGAUGCCGUACUGGGACUCUCGCGUUGCUGAGAUGGCAAAAACCUAUCCGGAUGUCAAGCUAGACAAGUAUCACAUCGACAUCUUGACAGCCCACUUCGUUCAGCGGCCGGACAUCUUCGACGUCGUAGUCGGCAGCAAUCUUUUCGGGGACAUUCUCUCGGACCUGGGCCCUGCUUGUACUGGUACCAUCGGUAUUGCGCCGUCGGGUAACCUCAACCCGGAAGGGAAGUUCCCUAGUCUCUUUGAGCCAGUCCAUGGCAGUGCUCCGGACAUAUUUGGCAAAGGUGUUGCCAACCCUGUUGGCAUGAUCUGGGCGGGACAAAUGCUACUUCAACACUUUGGAUUCAAGGAGGCGGCGGAUCUCUUGCUAACGGCUAUUGAGAAUGUCCUUGCACGCUCCGAGGCAAACGUUUUGACGCCGGAUAUGAGAGGUUCGGGCACAACUGAAGGGUUUGGCAAGGCAAUUGUGUCGGAAGUGAUUGAGCUAGGGAAUAAUAAGUAA